CUUCAAUAAUGAACGAGAUAUAACCUCCUGGAUAUCCAGUUUAGGGAUGCAGAAGUCUAGCUGCCUCGCGGACUAAUCUAGUCUCUAAUUUUUGAUACCUAUCAUUUUGUAACGCCCAUGUCUCAAAUCGUCUGCACAUCGUCACUCUGCCAGAGAUCAGGCUGUAAGCAAACACGCCGUAUGCACCAUGUGUGCAGAUCAAGACAUAAGACGUUGUCUCGUCGAUACACAGCAAAUAGUGAUGCCUCAAUCCAGCAUUCAUGGUAUGUUUGCCGAUAUCAGAACAAAGAGAAUAUGAGCGCUUUGGGUCACGUACAGCAGCAAGCAAUGAGCACGUCACAGAAUGUAGGAUGUCUCUACCCGUCCAUGAUUUCUUGUUUGUGAGGCAACAACCCAGCGCAAUGGUGGUUCUAGCAACAGGAAUCUUCUAUAUAAUGACCGUAGUCAACACCUACCCUUUCGCAUUCCACAGCUCAACUGCAACUCUGCCGUUCGCAAGUCCACUUUACUUUUGCAAAUCGCUAUUCACCUACAACUUUGUCGGUUCGCAAGUCCACCGUACUUUUGCAUUCCCCUUCACCUCUCUGAAGUUCCUCAGAAGCACCUUUCAGGGAUUCGCAACCACUCCUAUCUAUCAAUCACACAAACCACUCAAAGAAAACCCGCAAUAAUGAACACAUCAACCACAUCGCCAGCUCCAGCUGAAGCAGGCUUUCGAAGGCAGCUUGUCUCGAUCCGCUUCAGCAAUGGACAC